AUGUGGACUGCGGCAGCACUGCCUGCCACCAAGAACUCAAUUUUCAUGCUGUCGGCAACUCACCGCGGCGACAUGUAUCAAGUUCGGGCGGCCAUGAUUGCACAGGUCAGGGUUGACAAGAAGGUAGCCCGCUACUUAUAUCUUCACGACUGCCCAUACGUACCGAACGACUUGAUAGAAUAUCUCAAGGCCAUUGCCCAGAAACUGAGAAUGCCUUAUUUCCUCGUCUCAUAUGGCCGUGAGACUCUUCAAGCCUCGGCUCGCCCACCGAGGGAUGGCAGGUGUAUUCUUGGAGUCCCACAAGAAAAAGCCGGAUUUAAGGAGACGAUACUGGACUUGAACAACGACGGAUCACUCACCUUCCAAAAUAUCUCCUUCAUCACUGAGGGAUAUGCCACAUUGCGGAUGGCCGAUAUUGUGAGCACGGACGAGUCUAGAGCGAUAUGGAAUGCAGUCAAGGCGAAUAUGACCAUUGUCCAGGGCAGUGAGGACGUGCUGCAUCAGAUGUUCGAAAAUUCCAACACGCACCUCUUUGGACAAUGGCCGAAGCCCAACUCGGACCAGAGGACCAUCCUAGUGCUGCAUCGCGACUCGGGUAAGGGAAAGGACGGCCCGUACCCUGAGUACGACACAGGUGAAGCGCUAGCGCAAAUUAUCUUCUUCUUCUCCUCGUCGCUACCCAAUAUUACACUUCGUACCAUAUUGUACUGCUUCCACUUUCUCUCGCAUAUAUUCCCCGUUACUUCGGGCCAAGUCGUCUCCACGCCGAAUAUCGGACAGUACUGGACACGUCUCGGGACCGUUCAUGGCGUCACCAAGAGAGAUAUCGAGGCUUACUUCCUGAAAUGGGCGUACGAGCAAGGGUGGUACCACAUGGUUGUGGGGUUCCGCAGCGGCGGCCUGGACCUCUUCACGCUCAUGGGGAUUCCAACGAUAUCGAUUGGGAUCCGCUUCCUAGUUGGCGAAGAUCGACACGAGCUGCUGGCGACGCAGCUAUUCAGACGUCUCAAUGUGCAGUACGACAUGCCGCGACAUCAGCUCACGGCCUGGAUACAAGGCCGCCCGAUCAAGCGCAAGUUUAGUACCGAUCCCGUCACCUUUGAACCCGACUACAUACACUCGCCGUACUGGAUGGCGCCUCCUCCAGAUAAUCUGUUGUUCCCGCCCCAGCCCGCGAAGCCAGCCUCCGCCGACGCGGAGAUUGCACUGCGCAGAGUGGACACGGCUCCUUUCACAGAGUUCGACAAGUGGACGUUUGAAGCCGGCCUGCGUGUUGCCUGCGAGCGUAACUUCGAUGGUUGGGGCACGACUAUCGCCUUCAUGACUCCUUUCAACGGCUGCGUCAUGACCACCCUUAAGGCGCAGGCGGCCUGUCCGGUGGGUCACAGCCUUGAGGCGGAACCCCUAACGGAAUUCAUUGGCGAACAGAGGCGUAUACAGGCACGAACCUGGGAAAGGAUGAUGCAGCUCAGGCAGCAACUUCAACUCAAUGACGUGGAUUUCAUGAGAUACACAGAAGGUGCGCGGGGUGUGUGGAUAAGCUUAGAAAACAUUAUUUCCGGUAGCGGCUUGCAAUGA